AUGGACGGCUGGAGGUCGAGAUUCAAAAGACUACAUCGCACAUUGUCGGUCGGCGAGGAGCAGUGCACACCGGCCAUCAAGCUUAACUCUCCUGACGCCACGCUGCAGACGGAAGCGUGCGCACCCGAGGACGAGGGGGGGCUCCCCCCCGUACAGCUCUGCGGCUACCUGAGCAGCACGCGCGACCGGCUGCUCACAGCAGAGCUCUGUGCAGAGCUGCGGCCGCUGAUGCCGUCGAGGAUCCAAUUAUACACGAAGUGGUGCCUCCUGUACAGCCUGGAGCAGCACGGGGCAUCGCUGCACUCGCUGUACGAGCACGUGCGUCCGGAGGAGCCAGCCAAGGCGCGCGUCGGAUACCUGCUCAUCAUGCGGGACCGGCGCGGCGGGCUGUUUGGCGCCUACGCCAACGAGCCCUUCCGCCCCACGGAGUCGCGCCGCUACAGCGGCAACGGUGAGUGCUUCCUGUGGUCUGCAGACCUGCAUCCGAUGCUGCGGCUGCGUGCCUACCCGUACACAGGCCUCAACGAGUUCUGCAUAUACUGCACCAGCGGCUUCCUGUCCAUGGGCGCGGGCAGCGGCCACUACGGCCUCUGGUGUGACGAGGGCCUGGUCCAUGGCGUCAGCGAGCGCAGCCCCACCUUCGGCAACGACGCGCUGAGCCGCGAGGGCCCACGCUUCCACAUCGUCGCGCUCGAGGUCUGGCGCGUCGGCUGA